CUGGCCAAACGGCAGAAAACCGUCAAAAGGGAAAUCAACCAAAAAUUGUCCACCACCGUUUCCGACGGCAAUUUUAAACCCACCACCCGCUGUGGGAGUUUGUGCUGGAAUUUCGGCGAAAAAUCCCAGCUGGCCGGUCGCCGUGAUCGCGGACCGACUGGGCGUAAAAGGCCGUCAGCCAUUUUACGUACGUUUUCUGAUAAAUUCAUCGACGUAACUCCCCUAUUGGUACGGGUCAAACAAGCGGAUCCUCGUUUUUCGCUCGUCCUCGGCUUUUUAUUUUGCAAAAAGGGACGUCGUUUCCAUCCUAGCUCGCGUCUCCGAGUUUCACGGCCGCUUCUGCGAGUUUUCAUCUGUAAGUUUUUCAGGCGUCGGCAAAGGGAGAAAAAAAUAAUUUACUAUGAGCAACCGGGAUGAUGAAUAUGAUUACUUGUUUAAAGUCGUUUUGAUCGGAGAUUCCGGAGUUGGGAAGAGUAAUCUCCUUUCAAGGUUUACAAGAAAUGAAUUCAACCUGGAAUCAAAGUCGACAAUCGGCGUCGAAUUCGCAACACGAAGUAUUGUUGUGGAUGGAAAGACCAUAAAAGCCCAGAUUUGGGACACAGCAGGUCAAGAAAGAUACAGAGCCAUUACUUCAGCUUAUUACAGAGGAGCCGUAGGAGCGUUGCUUGUUUAUGACAUUGCGAAGCAUUUAACAUAUGAAAAUGUCGAGCGAUGGUUGAGAGAGCUUAGGGAUCACGCGGAUCAAAAUAUUGUGAUCAUGCUCGUCGGGAACAAGUCAGAUCUGAGGCACUUGCGAGCAGUGCCAACUGAUGAGGCGAAAAGAUUUGCUGAGAAGAACACGUUAUCGUUUAUCGAGACUUCUGCUCUUGAUUCAACAAAUGUAGAAACAGCUUUUCAUAAUAUCCUUACUGAAAUUUACAGAAUCGUUUCUCAAAAACAAAUCAGGGAUCCUCCUGAAGGUGAUGUUAUCCGGCCACAAAAUGUUGAAGCAAUCGAUGUUAAACCAACUGUGAAUACAGAAAGUGUGAGAAAGCAGUGUUGUCAGUGAAAAAUGAUCAUUUAAAUUUGGCCCCAUCCCGAGAAAGAACAUUGCUGCUCACAUUCAAGUGAGCAAGUGGAAAUCCAUGGGGUGUCAAUGUUAAAUAUCUUAAUACACUCUUUUGUUUUAAAAUGCAAAGAUCAUUUAAUUGUUUUGUAAUUAUAUUGUUUAUAAUAUCUGCCCUUAAGCUGUAGUUCUUCUUUGUCUUGUAUGUUGUUAAUUUGUUAAAAACCCUAUAAUUAACCAUGUGCAAUAUAACAAUCAUUUAUGACUU